GGCGUGGUCAUGCGGGAAGGGGCGGGGCCUUCCUGCCCCGGGGGGCGCCUAGGAGAGCAGGUGGCGUGGCGCACCUGGCUCUCACGGACAUCCUGCCCCCGGGCACGUGCCCAACAGUCAGUCCGUCUCCCCUGACCCCCCGACCCGCCUCGGGGGGACCCCACAGCCCGACCCCAUCUCCGGACCCAGACUUCCCUGCUCUGCGGUCAUCUCCCCGGACCCUUCCCUGGACCCCACCCGCCACCUGCCGCGCUCCUACCCGGAAGCAGGGACUUCCGCGGCGGCGAGACAGGUGCCGACGCCGCCAUGCCCUCGCUCGGGGACCAGGUGCGAGACUGGCAGCGGGGCGUGGAGGCCGUGGAGCGCGGGGACUGGGGCUGCGCGCUGCGCCUCUUCUCGGGCUUCCCGGAGCCGCCCGCCAAGAUGUGCUUCAACGUGGGCUGCGUGCACCUGCUGGCCGGGGACCCGGAGGCCGCGCUGCGGGCAUUUGACCAGGCAGUGACCAAGGACGCCUGCCUGGCUGUUGGCUUCUUCCAGCGCGGAGUGGCCCGCCUCCAGGUGGGGAGGUCCCAGGAGGCCCUGGCGGACUUCCAGCAGGCCCUGGCCCAGCUGAGGGGGAACGCCGCCAUCGACUACACGCAGCUGGGCCUGCGCUUCAAGCUGCAGGCCUGGGAGGUGCUGUUCAACGCGGCGACCGCGCAGUGCGCACUGGGGCUCUGGGCCGAGGCCACCCGCAGCCUCGAGGCAGCCGCCGCCACGGGGCCCGACGGGGCCCGCGGGGACCUGCGCGUCGCCCUGGCUCAAGUGCAGAAACAGGCUCCCCUGCAGCCCCGGCUGGUCCCCAGGGGCGAGGUCUUCCGGCCCCCCCGGCGGCACCUGGAGCACCUGGAGCGUGUGGACUUCCUGGGCAAGGCCAAGGUGGUGGUGGCCUCUCCUGCGCUCGAGGCCCGAAACCAGGGCGUCUGGCCUCAGCGGCCUCAGGUUCAGGGUGAGGAUGGUGGAGCCAGGCCCCAGGCUGGCCCAAGGGCCCUCGACACAGGCGCCUGCAGAGCCGACACCCCCGUGGACCCCAAGACGCCCUCCCAUGCAGACCUGGAGGCUGGGCCUGACCAGGCCGGGCGGGCCGGCCCCUGUGCGCCCGGCACCUCUGACGAGCAGGCCCCUGCCCUGGCCCCCACCCCCGGCCCAGCAGAGCCCUGGCUUCCCUUGCAGAGGCCCCGCGCGGACCAACUUGGCAAGCAGGUUCCUCUAGGGCCGCUGGCGCCCGGGGGGCCGGACCCUGAACCUUCUGAGGGCCCCACAGGUGCUGGGGGCGUGGCCGCCGGGGACCCCGAGUCCUGGGUGACCGUCACGGUGCAGUGCGCCUUCACCCUGGCCCUGCAGGCCCCCCGCGGAGCAGACCUGUCCCGCCUGAGGGCCCUGCUGGGCCAGGCCCUCCCUCUCCAGGCCCAGCAUGGGCAGCUCAGUUACCAAGAGCCGGGUGACAGCGGGCGCUGGGUCCCCCUCCCCGAGGAGGGCCUGCGGGGGGCCCAGCAGGAGGCGGCCUUGGGCCCUGAAGGGCUGCGGCUGCAGUGCCGGGCAGCGGGCGGCCGGCCUGUCCUCUACCAGGUGGUGGCCCAGCACAGCUACUCCGCCCAGGGGCCCGCGGACCUGGGCCUGCAGCCGGGGGACACCGUGGACGUGCUGUGUGAGGUGGACCAGGCCUGGCUGGAGGGCCACUGCGACGGCCGCAUCGGCAUCUUCCCCAAGAGCUUCGUGGUCCCCGCGGGCCCGCGCUGAGGAGCCGGCUGCUGCCCCCCACCCGCCAACUGCCCUGCCCCCCGCCCCCGCCCCCCACCCGCCAACUGCCCU